AUGUCUUCCUUCAACCACUUCAACAUCAAGCGUCAAGCGCAUACUCUCAGCCGUACCAGCACCGAUCAAUCUUGGAAUCCCUUUCGUCACGUCGAGUGGAAACGUCAAACACGCGCUCUUUCUGACGCCGGCCGCCUGGAACAACAAACCACACGAGAGGAGACAGCUGGCCAGACCCUGGCACACGCUGUCACCGAACCUGGUCGAAGCGGACCAGCCAGAGAUUGGUCAACAGCAGAGACGAUGACAGAUAUGAGGAGAAGCAAAGAAGGCGAUUAUGACCGAGAGAAGACGAUUGGCGGUUCACCAAUUGAGGGGAACGAUGAUAUCCCCGUCUCACAGCGCUCGCUCGUCAGCGACGAAAAUCAAUUGCGAAACAGAAAACGCGAGGAUAUCCCAGCUGCAGCAGACAACAAUAUCGAUCUCGAAAAGCGAAAACUUAAGAAACGAGAGUCUACAAAAAUAUUCCGCAAGGUCGAGCCCAAGGAGCCAUUUACCGUCCGGAACCAACUUCAGAGAACCUUUCUCAACUCAUACAUUAAUAUCCUCCUCAUAGCCGCCCCGGUCGGUAUCGCUCUCAAUUACAUCCACAGCGUUAAUCGAAUCGCCGUCUUCGUGGUAAAUUUCAUCGCAAUUAUACCCUUAGCCGCCAUUCUCAGUUUCGCUACAGAGGAGAUCGCUCUGCGAACAGGUGAGGUCUUGGGUGGUCUGAUCAAUGCGACCUUUGGAAACGCCGUUGAACUCAUUGUGGCUAUCCUGGCUCUUGUCGAUGGAAAAGUCAUUAUCGUCCAGACGUCACUGGUGGGCUCAAUUCUAAGUAACCUUCUACUGGUUCUGGGCUUCUGUUUCUUUUUCGGUGGCUUGCGACGCGAGAGUCAAUAUUUCAACGAAACUGUCGCCCAAACCGCCGCUAGCAUGCUCGCUCUCGCCGUCGCCUCAGUCAUUGUGCCAACUGUUUUCGAUCAAGCAAAGGGUACCCCGCCCGCUAACGUGGCCCGGCUCUCAAGAGGCACAGCAGUGAUCCUCCUCAUCGUUUAUGCCGCCUAUCUCCUCUUCCAGCUCAAGACUCACCAGAGCACAUUCGCCAAGGAAGGCCAGAAGGUUGCUGCUAAGCCUUGGUCCCGUGGAAGUGCCGGAGCUGGCGACAUCCGACAGGGUAUCAUGGUUCCCGGUGCUCUUGUUGGCGGUGGCAUGACAGGACGUGAAGAGAAUGAGCGUUUGUCUGAGAUGCUUAUGAACCCUCACAGACUUCUAAAGUCCGAAGAGGACGAAGAUGAGGAGGAAGAGCCUCAGCUACACUUCUGGGUGGCCAUCGCUACGCUGACAAUCGCCACCGUCCUGAUCGCUCUCUGUGCCGAAUUCAUGGUUGAUUCCAUUGAUGCCGUCACCAAGACUGGAGGUGUAUCAGAAGAGUUCGUAGGACUGAUCCUGUUGCCUAUCGUGGGUAACGCAGCCGAGCACGCCACAGCCGUGACCGUCGCAAUCAAGGAUAAAAUGGAUCUGGCCAUCGGUGUGGCCGUUGGAAGUUCUAUGCAGGUUGCUCUCUUUUUGAUUCCCUUGUUGGUUAUUAUCGGCUGGGGAAUGGGCAACGAUGAGAUGAACUUGAGUUUCGACUUGUUCCAAGUUGCAACUAUGUUCGUGGCUGUUUUGCUCGUCAACUACUUGAUUGCAGACGGUAAAAGUCACUGGCUGGAGGGUUGGCUUCUCAUCUGUCUUUAUUCCAUCAUCGCAGUUUGCUCAUGGUGGUAUCCAACACACUCAGACGAGUAG